GUGCGCAGCCUAGUCAACCCCUCCGCUUCGUUUCGUUCCGCCCCGCGCCACAUGUGAGCUUGCAUCCAUAAAAUGCCGCCUAGUAUUCUCCGUUCCAUAGUACUCCAGAACAAAGAAAGCAGUAGCUCCUAGCAGGAUACAACGUCAUGAGGGGAGGUGCGCGGCUGACCUGCCUGCUCCAGCUUCUGCUCACCGUCGCGGCCGCGGGGCACGGCGUGCAGCCGCUAUCGCGCAUAGCCAUCCACCGCGCGCGCGUCGCGCUGGACGCGUCCGCGGCGGUGCGAGCGUCGCCGGCGCUGCUCGGCUCGCAGGGUGAAGAUACUGCUUCGGUAACUGUAGAUUUUAUUGCUCCCCAUCCAAGUGACGAUGAUUGGAUCGGCAUAUUCUCUCCUUCAAACGUCAAUGCAUCCACAUGCCCUGGUUCUCAUGGAUCAGGCCCAGGUCCUGUGAUAUGCUCAGCACCAAUAAAGUAUCAGUUUGCAAAUUAUUCAUCAGAUUACGUCAAGUCUGGGAAAGGGUCUCUGAAGUUUCAGUUGAUCAACCAGCGGCAAGAUUUUUCCUUUGCAUUGUUCACCGGUGGACCCUCAAAUCCAAAGCUUAUUGCAGUAUCAAAUAAGAUAGCUUUUGCGAACCCAAAAGCUCCAGUUUAUCCACGCCUAGCACAGGGAAGAUCCUGGAACGAGAUGACUGUCACAUGGACAAGUGGCUAUGACAUCAAUGAAGCAUAUCCCUUUGUUGAAUGGGGCAUGAAAUCGACCCCUCCUCUACGUACUGCAGCUGGCACUGUCACUUUUGAUCGUGAAAGCAUCUGCGGAGAACCUGCUCGUUCUGUUGGUUGGAGAGAUCCUGGUUUCAUACACACAGCUUUCCUAACAGACUUAUGGCCAAAUAAAGAGUACUACUACAAAAUUGGACAUAUGCUGCCUAAUGGAAAUGUUGUAUGGGGCAAGGUUUACUCUUUCAAAGCACCUCCUUAUCCUGGUCAAAAGUCAUUGCAGCGUGUUGUUAUUUUUGGCGAUAUGGGGAAGGCUGAGAGGGAUGGAAGCAAUGAGUACAGCAACUACCAGCCUGGAUCACUUAACACUACUGAUACGCUAAUCAAGGACCUUGACAACAUAGACAUAGUAUUUCACAUUGGCGAUAUUACCUAUGCCAACGGGUACAUUUCACAAUGGGAUCAGUUCACACAACAAGUCGAAGCGAUUACUUCACGGGUCCCUUACAUGAUUGCAAGUGGGAAUCAUGAGCGAGAUUGGCCCAACAGCGGGUCUUUCUACGAUGGUACGGAUUCAGGAGGGGAGUGCGGGGUGUUAGCUGAGACCAUGUACUAUACACCAACAGAAAACAGAGCAAACUACUGGUAUUCAACAGAUUAUGGCAUGUUCCGGUUCUGCAUUGCGGACAGCGAGCACGACUGGCGAGAAGGCACGGAGCAGUACAAGUUCAUCGAGAACUGCCUCGCCACGGUUGACCGAAAGAAGCAGCCAUGGCUAAUAUUCAUCGCUCAUCGCGUUCUUGGUUACUCCUCUGGUUUCUUUUACGGCAAAGAGGGAUCAUUUGCCGAGCCAAUGGCCCGGGAAAGCCUCCAGAAGCUCUGGCAGAAGUACAGGGUGGACUUGGCGUUCUACGGUCAUGUCCACAACUACGAGAGGACAUGUCCUGUCUAUGAGAAACAAUGCAUGAGCUCGGAGAAGUCCCACUAUUCAGGCACCAUGAACGGCACCAUCCAUGUCGUCGUGGGGGGCGGCGGCAGCCACCUGAGCAACUUCACCACCGAGGCCCCGGCGUGGAGCAUCUACAGGGAGAUGGACUACGGCUUCGUCAAGCUCACGGCGUUCAACUACUCGUUCCUUCUCUACGAGUACAAGCGGUCCAGCGACGGCAAGGUGUACGACACCUUCACUGUGCACAGGGAAUACAGGGACGUGCUGGCGUGUGUCAAGGACAGCUGCCCUCCGAAAACAUCAGCGACAUGACGCAGAGGGGAUGCUCGUUAAUGUUCAGUUCUUCUUGUAACUGUGACUGGCCAAUCAUUUGGAAAAAAUAAGGAAAAAGGAUUUCACAAGAUUGCUUCAUCAACUGAUCGUGAAUAUGGCCCAUAAAUUUUGUUUGCAUCAAAAUAUUUGCACGAGAGCUCGCCGAACUUGUUAA